AUGUCCAUCGGAAUGGAAUCAACCUUACCUUGCCCACACUGCGGGCUCAGCCGACAUAACACCAUUCGUUGGCACCUGUGCGCAUUGCACACUUUUCACAUCGCCUGCUUGAAGGCAAGAGAUCGUGUGCUAGAGCACAAAGCCAGCCAGCGGCGCCUCCAAGACCCUCUCGCGAAAGAGACUGAAGUGAGGAGGGCGGUCGUUCAGGCGGAGGCCACGAUCGAAGCCAUUAAGAGGACCCUCCGAGAAGUUGUGGUUGCCACAGAUGAUCUUUGUGAUGAGGGAGAUUAUUUGUUACAGGAAAUCAGUCGCGCCAGGGACGACGUUUUCGAUGACGAUCUUGCGGUGCUUCGGGCCAAGGAGGAAGUGAUCGAACUUGCGAGCAUAACCAUGGACUUGGCGGUGUCUGAAGAAGGAACAGAACACCAGUCGGAGAAAACGAUCGACAGGCGCCUUCAAGAAGUCCGAGAUUUCUUCAGAUGGUCACAGAAGACGACUGGGAACUUUUACGGCAACGUGAUCUUUGGAUGCCCCAGACGCCAGGCCAUGAAGAGAUCUCGGCCACCCGGGGAAGGGAACGAGCAAGUGAAGUGGGCGCGAUGUGGGAAGAAGAAGGGAAACGGUCGUCAGGGCAAGCAACGGGUGGAACCCAGCGGAGUUGCAGGAGAAAAGGCUAAAAGUCAAGGAGAAGCAGUCGUCAAGGGCGAAGUGGUCGAAGAUGAAAUCAUGUUGGCCCCUUUAUCAACAGCAACCGUCGCAAAUCACAAUGCUUUGUCGACAGAGACAUCGGCGCGGGCGUGUGAUGUCGAUUCCUCUACAUUGCAAGCACCACCGUCAAGAGGCGAAACGCUAGGUCAAUCGGGGGCCAUGGAGGAAUCUCACGCCUCUGAAUCAGCGGCAGUGACUGGAUUGGCUUCCACAACCUCAGCCAGUGCUACUCAGCCUGGUUUCCAUGAAACUUCCGAGAAGAACGGCAAACGUCCGAGAGGAAGGCCCAGAAAGGCCCCCAAAAUCAUACCCGAGGCAAAUACUGAAGGCCCAGCACAACAGCACGACCAUCUACAGUAUACUCAGUCGUGGUAG